AAAAAAUUUAUGUUUGAAAAAUUUUUCUUGCAGGUAAUCUAAAGGGGUACUUGAGACCAGAGACAGCUCAGGGAAUUUUUGUCAAUUUUAAACGGUUGCUGGAAUAUAAUCAGGGAAAGCUACCUUUUGCUUGUGCACAAGUGGGCAAUGCGUAUCGUAAUGAAAUUUCACCGCGUUCUGGUCUUCUCAGGGUAAGAGAAUUUACAAUGGCCGAGAUUGAACACUUCUGUGAUCCUGACGACAAGACCCACAACAAGUUUGAUCAGGUUGCCAACACAGAAAUGAUGUUGUAUUCAGCAUGUGCACAGAUGGAUGGGGAAUCUCCAAGGAAAAUGACGAUCAGUGAAGCUGUUCGUGGAUUGGGGCUACCUUCAUUGGGCCUCCUCUCGACUCCAAUGGAAGUUGGUGCUUUGGAUUUCUUCUUAAGGGAUCGCAGUUAUAUUCUUGGCCAUGAGCCAUCCCAAGCUGAUGUGACAGUUUACAAGGCUCUGGAGCAACCCCCUCCCAAACACCUUGUACAUGCAUCACGCUGGUACCAUCAUCUAGGCAGUUUUACACACAAUGAAAGGCUGGAUUUCCGUGGAGAAAGAAGUUCAAUUGAGCAGCUAACUGGUGGGAGACAAAAGGGUUUGGUAGCUAAUGAAACAUUAGGUUACUACAUGGCACGUAUUCAGCAGUAUCUACUGAAGAUUGGUAUUAAUCCAAAAAAGCUAAGAUUCAGGCAGCAUUUAAAUAACGAGAUGGCUCAUUACGCAUGCGACUGUUGGGAUGCUGAAUGUCUUACCUCAUAUGGCUGGAUUGAAUGUGUUGGAUGUGCUGACAGAAGUGCCUAUGAUCUCAGCCAACAUACCAAAGGCUCAGGUACUGUAUAUUGUCAUUUUAAUGACCUAAACAAUGACAGUAAGGUAGACAACACACAGGUUACAAAGUUAUAA